UCGUGUUUGUGUGUGUGUGUAUACGGUGAGACAUCUUCUAAACAGCUUGAGAACAAGGUUCUGUUUGCGCAACUGCAGGACUGCAUCAUAUCCUGUCUGUCAGAACUGUGACAAGGACAGUUAAAGUUUGGAGCUGCCAUCUCUACUAACCGUGCUGUCUGGGGGGAUCAAGACUCCCUGCUAUGGAGGCAGUAGGUAAGUAUGACUUUACUGCCACUGCUGAGGACGAGCUGAGCUUCAGGAAGGGAGACAACAUGAAGAUCUUGGGCACCAAUGAUGACUGGUUGAUGGCUGAGCGACAUGGAAAGAAGGGAUUCAUACCACGUAACUACAUCAACAUUCACCUUCCCAGUUGGUACCAGGAGAGUGCUAGUCGAGGUGAGGCCCAGGAGUCUCUCAUGACCCAGCCUAUAGGAUCCUUUCUGAUCAGGGGCAGCCAGAGCACCCCAGGAGAUUUCUCCAUAUCCGUUAGACACGAGGCAGACGUGCAGCACUUCAAGGUGAUGGCAGACACCAGAGGGCAGUAUUACCUCUGGUCUGAGAAGUUCAGCUCCUUCAACGAGCUGGUGAACUAUUACAUGAACAACUCUGUCUCUAAACACAGCCGCAUCUAUCUGCUGGACACAGAAACACAGGAGAAGGGAUUUGGCCAGACCAGGACAUCAGCCCCAUCCUCUCAGCCCCAGCUUCAGCAGUCCCUGCCCCGAGCACCCCAGCCUCACCUGCCCCUGCCCAGCAUACCCCAGCCUCACCUGCCCCUGCCCAGCAUACCCCAGCCUCACCAGCCCCGCGCACCCCAGCCUCACCAGCCCCUGCCCAGCAUACCCCAGCCUCACCAUCUCCUGCCCCGUGUACCCCAGCCUCAACAACCCCUGCCCCGCAUACCAGACCCUAUACCCCCACCACAGCGUGCCGCCGUGACCACGGGGGGCGGUGGUCUGAUGCAGGUGAGUGCUCAGUAUGACUUCAACGCCGAGGAGAAGGACGAGCUGAGCUUUAAGGCCGGUGACAUCAUCGAGGUGCUGGAGUGUUCCGACAUGUCAUGGUGGAAAGGAAGACUGAGGGGACAAAUGGGAGUGUUCCCUUCCAACUACACCAACCCUGUAUGAGAGAGAGAACAUGGGUAGCAUUUAGAGCUAAAUAAGUAUCUUAAUUAAUUAUAGCAGACGUUCUUAUCCAGAGCAACUUAAUAACAACUAUAUUUCUGAGAGAGAGAGAGAGAGAGAGAGAGAGAGAGAGAGAGAGAGAGAGAGAGAGAGAAAACAUAAUGAUUAGCUUUAGCAUUAAAUAUAUGUAUUGUAACUUUCUUUCUGGUUUAUUAUCAAUGUACUUUACCGUAGGCUUAUGUCAGGAUAACACAACUAUUUACAACUUCAGAACACAAUUAUUACUGUAUGAUUAUCAAAUAAAUGCAUUUUCUGUAA